UUUAUUCUUUUCCUGGAUACAGGAUGAUGAAGUGACGUUGGCUCCUGUGGAAGGAGUUCACUGCCUACGAUUUCCCCAGCAUGUCUGCUGAAAACAGUCAGUCACCAGGAGCAUCACCUCCUCGCCCUCCCCUAUCUCCCCAGUGUUCCACACAGACUUUAUCUUCAGAAAACGAGGAUACUGAAGUAGAACUAGAUGAGGAAAGUCUACAGGAUGAAUCUCCAUUUUCUACAGAGGGAGAGUCUCUGGAGGACGAAGAGGAUCUGGAGGAGGAGGAGGAUCUUGAGGAGGAAGAUUAUCUGGGGAAGGAAGAAGACUUGAAGGAGGAAGAGUAUCUGGGGAAGGAAGGGUGUCUGGAGGAGGAACAGGAUCUGGAGGAGAAAGACUAUCUGGGGAAAGAAGGGUAUCCAGAAGAGGAAGAGGUUCUGGAGAAGGAAGAGAAUCUGGAGGAGAAAGAGGCUCUGGAGGAAAAAGAGAAUCUGGAUGGAAAAGACAAUUUGUAUAAAAAGUAUCUGAAAGAAGGUGAAUAUCUGGGGGAGGGAGAGCAUCUCUGGGAGGAAAAGCAUCUAAAAGGGAAAGAGGGUCUGGAUAAGGAAGAGUAUCUGGAAGGGGAUGAGUAUCUGGAGGAGGGCCUCCCAAAGGAUGGCAGCUCUAAACCCAAGGCAAGUUGCUCGUCACACACCAUGUUUCUUCGUGAUACAAGGAGCCCAGACGCUGGCCCCUCUCAGGUGACCACCUUCCUGCGUGUCCCGAUGGCUUUUACUGCUCCUUCUCCCAUCUCCGGAUCUGCCAUGGCAUCUUCUGAGUCGCUACAUACACUGUACAGGAGGAGCCAGGCCAGUCAGACAGACUGGCACUAUGACGGGACUGCCGUAAAAUCUUUAAAAUCAAAAUCAACAACAGAGCAAGAAACCACCAAGAAGCCUGCUUUGAAAGUGGCAGUGGCAUUGUGGGCACCUGUGGGAAGUGAUGAAAAAGAAUUGCCAGGGAAUUCUAGAAGCAUGGGGCCCACCACAUCAUGGCAAGUCUGUCAGGCACACGCCAAGGCAGCAGAAGAAGGUUUGAAAGCAGAGAGGCCCCAGGCCUGUGUGGGUAAAGGCAGCCCCAGCUCAGUAAAAUUCUCCAUCCCAGGAGGAGCCCGAAUGAGUCAGAGUUUUUGCUACGGAGGCAAAAUUGGGAAGAAGAACAAAAUCCACAUGCCCUUCCUUUCGACACGCCUUCCAAAAUUGAAAGUCAUGGAGUAUGCUUCUACGGAGGACUUUUGGGAUGGUAUAUCAGAUAAGUCCAUUGACAAGCUAGAAGUGGAGGACUUAGAUGAAAAUUUUUUGAACAGCUCCUAUCAGGCAGUGUUUAAAGCAAUAGUCAAAGAAAUGGCUGAUCGCAAUGAACUGGAAGAGGAUUUUGACAUUCCCCUAACUAAGCUACUGGAAAGUGAAAACAGAUGGAAACUGGUAGUUAUGUUGAAGAGAAAUUAUGAAAAGUUCAAGGAAACAAUCUUAUGGAUUAAGAGGAGACGUGAAGCUCUAAAGUCAGGAGAGAUGACCACUUUCACAUUUACUUUAUCGACCCAACCAACAUUUGAGAAGCCUAAGACAGAAAAAAUCCAAAAGCCUCACCGUGUUGUUCGUCGUAGGAAGAAAUUAGAACGAGAUAAGGAAUGGAUACAGAAGAAGACAGUGGUGCAUCAAGGUGAUGGAAAAUUAAUUCUCUACCCCAACGAGAAUGUCUAUCAGAUUUUCUUUCCUGAUGGGACAGGCCAGAUACAUUAUCCAUCAGGAAACCUGGCUAUGCUCAUCUUACAUGUGAAAAUGAAAAAGUUCACAUACAUCAUUCUGGAAGACAGUCUAAAAGGGUGGAUCCGGGCCCUUAUCAACAACUCAGGCAAUGCCACCUUCUAUGAUGAAAAGAGAGACAUCUGGUUGAACCUGAGCUCCAACCUGGGCUACUACUUCCCCAAAGACAAACACCAGAAGGCCUGGAACUGGUGGAACCUGAACAUCCAUGUCCACGCACCCCCUGUCUGGCCCAUCUCCAUGAAAAUCAAUGAGUACAUCCAGGUACAAAUAAGGAGCCAGGAUAAGAUUAUCUUCUGCUUCACCUAUGGACAGAAGCGGAUUUGUUUAAAUCUGGGCACCAGGUACAAGUUUGUGAUCCCAGAGGUGCUGAGCGAAAUGAAGAAGACAGCCAUCCUGGAGGCAGAACCCGGCCCAACCGCCCAGAAGAUCCGGGUCCUUCUAGGGAAAGUGAACAGGCUCCUGAAUUAUGUAACGAUCCCUGAUCUGGAAAACUUCACAGAGGCCGUCAGGAUGUCACUGAUGGACAACAAGUGCCUGAAGUCGUUGCGCCCUCAACCCUGGUUUUAGGGCGGGGCUUUUCUGGCAAAUGUCUUGGGAAGGUGGAGACCUUGGGAGCUCCAGGGGAAAAAAAAAAACCCAAAAGCUGCUGACAUGCUAUGAGAGUUGGUUUGUAAUUUGGGACCUGUCGAAGCUCCUUGGUUAGAAAUAAACGUUUUUGGCAGGGGGCACUGAGAGAAUCUGUGGCUGAGCACAGAAAGGCUUCAUAGCCCUGAUCGACAGCACGGACUCAAGUUGUCAUUUCAGUGACAUGUCAGUGCCUGUCCUGCCUGCUCCCACAGUCACUCACUAUG